AUGGAAGUGGAAUCCGGACCAUUUCCGGCUGGCUCAGAGAAGUUAGAGGCAACUGAUGAUUUGUCUGAAAAAUGCAUCCCUCGUCGUUAUCGUGAUGCAGUUGGUAUCCUGAGUAAAAAUGACAACAUAAUUACAACCAGUUCUGAUGGAGUGGAUAACGGCUUACUUGAUGACUUGCAAAUUCCCUACCGUCUUGACGAGUUUGUCGAGUGUCUGAUGCUUCGCAAUUCAAGAGUUCCUCUCAUCAGAUGCUACGCAAUUCAAGAGUUCCUCUCAUCAGAUGCUACGCAAUUCAAGAGUUCCUCUCAUCAGAUGCUUCGCAAUUCAAGAGUUGCUCUCAUCAGAUGCUACGCAAUUCAAGACUUCCUCUUAUCAGAAUCUACGCAAUUCAAGAGUUCCUCUUAUCAGAACCUACGCAAUUCAAGAGUUGCUCUCAUCUGUUUCCAGAAUUGUGACAUUUUUGAGCGAGUGACACAAGCCCCAACUGUACCAGACACCCUGGACACUUCAGCCCCAACUGUAUCAGACACCCUGGACACUUCAGCCCCAACUGUAUCAGACACCCUGGACACUUCAGCACCAACUGUACCAGACACCCUGGACACUUCAGCACGAACUGUACCAGACACCCUGGACACUUCAGCCCCAACUGUACCAGACACCCUGGACACUUCAGCACUAACUGUACCAGACACCCUGGACACUUCAGCCCCAACUGUACCAGACACCCUGGACACUUCAGCACUAACUGUACCAGACACCCUGGACACUUCAGCCCCAACUGUACCAGACACCCUGGACACUUCAGCACUAACUGUACCAGACACCCUGGACACUUCAGCACUAACUGUACCAGACACCCUGGACACUUCAGCACUAACUGUACCAGACACCCUGGACACUUCAGCCCCAACUGUACCAGACACCCUGGACACUUCAGCACCAACUGUACCAGACACCCUGGACACUUCAGCACCAACUGUACCAGACACCCUGGACACUUCAGCACUAACUGUACCAGACACCCUGGACACUUCAGCCCCAACUGUACCAGACACCCUGGACACUUCAGCCCCAACUGUACCAGACACCCUGGACACUUCAGCACCAUCUGCACUAUUGACCAUGGAACUGUAG